GAACUAGCGUUGCAGAAUUAUUUACCGCAUCACGCAUCAGUCAGUCGGUUGCCGUCGCCGUCGCCGAUAGAAGUAGUUGCUGAUAGUGACAGUGCUCAUUGGUAGUGUGGUUGUCUUUCUGAUAAAGCUGGAUUGCCCCCACACACAUAACUAGACAAAAGGGAUUGACCAUCAUGACUCUGGUCGCCGGGAGGAUUCCCAGCCUACCCUUGCUACAGCGAAACCACUACGGUGAGGAUGGCAGCAUGCAGGGUAUUCUGAAGACAACCCAGGGGACCACUCGACGAUUCAACAAGGGUGUCAAGACAGUGAACAGCUCGUAUGUGGACCAAGAGUUUGAACAUGGACAAAGAAAUGAUGAUGGGAGACGAUUAGUCCGUUUUUGUGAAACCCAAGACAGUGAAAAGUUGCAGAAGAGUGGAAGAAACUCCACUGAUGCAGAUGACCAAGAUGUAAUCAUGUUCGGAAACAAUUUGUACAUUCUUAAAAAUUCUGAUCCCAACUCGGCUGUUAGAAAGUUGUUUCCAAACUCCAAGCUCACACCAAUUAAUCCUUCAAUAAGCAGAUCAAAUGUAAAAGAUAACAACCCAAACCAUUUUGUACAAUCAAAAAAUCAUGGGAGCAACCAAAACAUUUCUGUUCGGUCAAAAUUAAAAUGUGAUAAUAUCGAUGUGAGCAGUCGAAUUUCCCCAGUUAAAAGGACAGACAGGAGUAGUAUUCUGAGGAAAAAUAUGGGUAAAUCAUCUCCAGAAACUAAACCAAAACCGGGGAAGAACAAUGAACUUUCAACACCUUUAAUUGAGAGAAUAAAACAGCUGACUUGUGAUAGUGAAGAUUCAAUUGAAGUGAAGAAGGAGAGUGAAAAAGAACGUACAUGUGAUUCUUUAUUUGGCAGGAAAAUUACUGAUACGGAAUCAAAAAGAGUAAUGGCUUCACAUGAAUCUAAAAACCACCAUAAGUUUCCACCAAAUAUCAAAGAUCUACCUAAACAAGCUAAAGAGGGCCUGAACUUGAUGCGGUAUAAUCAAAAUAUAUUGCAGACAAGAUCACAUCUGCCCACAGAAAAACCCACGAGUCCCUCUAACAAAACCAAUUUGACAGAUGAAGCGAGACGGUCAUUCUUGUCUUCUUUAUCUCAAGGUAAUGAUGGGGAACCAGGUGAUAGAACUUCUGUAGCCACUAGUAGCACCACAGCAGACACAGUGUACAGUCUAUCUGAUAUUGAGGAGGUUCUGACAGAGGAGGAAAAAGAAAUCAAAGAUGCAUUUUCUCAACAAAACAAACAAGACGAGUUGGAAUUAUUUGUGCAGCAAGAUGCGGGAAGAACGGAACGACUUAGAAAACGCUAUAGUUCUACACCAAAACCAGAAUUUUCAAGUAGCAGCUUUCAUUUAAAAAGCACGGAUAAUCUUAGUGUACCUUAUUUUACAAAUCCCUGCAAUUCUAAUUUCAGAAAAGAGAAGCCCAAAUUUGGUUCUACAAUAGAAAUCCUUCAACAACUCCAGCAACAAAUUGAAACUCCAUACCAAUUAGAAGGAAGAAGAACUGCCUGUUCCAACUAUUCAGACAGUUCCAUACCAAUAUCAGAGAGGCUAUUCUGUGAUGAAUCAUCUGAUGGCUAUGAACCAGUUCUUCCAAAAUUAAAUGUACAUAGAACUUGUUCAUUAGAUUCCAAAAACUAUGAAGAAAUUGAACAUUUUCCAUCAGCCUUUUCUGUUCCAAGAACAAAAUCACAUGAGCAUCCAAGGAUGGCACAUUUUGAAUCAGAACCCUACGUUUACCAUUCACCCUGUUUACGCUAUUCCGGCAAUUUUAAUGAAAGGAACCAGGGAAUAGAACAAAAUGUCUAUGCUAGCUCUCCAGAUCUUCAUAGCUAUCACCGUGUUGUGUUCCCCAAUAGAAUGCCUUCUUACAACAACCAUCCCAUCAAUGUCAGACAACUUCACCCAGUUCUCCAGAAGCAGUACUGUAGGUAUCCAGUGAAUGAACAACCCUCGAGACCGGCAGAAGAAGGAAAAGUCCUGACACCCCCUAGCAGGAUGCAUACGUACAUGAACGUUCCAUCCAAUGCACCUUGUUACCUUAUGCCCCCUCCCUACCAAUUCCCUAAGAUAAACCACUAUCCAAGUCCACCUAGCUAUCCGAAUGAGUACCAUUUCGACACUCCCUUUGCCCACUCCAAUAUUUAUCAGAAUGUUCCACUUCCACACAAUCCUCACGUUGGGAAGGCAGUUGGAAGACUUUGUACUGAGAGAGAACGAGGAGUCCCUGAAGGAGCCAGUUCUCAUGAUUCAAAAGAAAUCAAUCAUAAUGAUUUUUAUUUCUCCAACAUGCCGAGCAUACCCAGGCAGCCUAGUGUUCCUCACCACUACUGUGUUGAUGUCUAACCAAAGAUUAAUCUAUGUAUUAUAGCUGUACAGAAAAUAUCACUAUUCGUUAAUCUCCUAUACACUGAAUAUUCACAUUUAGAAAUCACACUGUGAAUACAAACAUUAUUAAAUAAAUUAUUUUUAAAAUAAACCACUUCUUAGUA